GCUAGCUAAAACAAAUAAUACAUUGCAGCCUUCUCACAACACAUCAUCCUAAGAUUUUCUAGAGUCCUGAGUCCAUGGGAUAGAUACAACGUAGAUGUGGUGCAGUUAAAAAAACUAGCAAUAUCGGUCAGGCCCAACGAUCGCCGCCGCUAAAUGGCUAGCUAGCUAGCUAUCUCGCGAAAGUCUGUAAUUAUAGCCACAUUAAUUGAUCUGCAAGAAAGUUAAAUUAUAUGCAAAUACAAACGAACUGGCUAUUACGGAGUGUUGGUGACGAAAAAGAUGGGACUCGCCUACUUCUGAGACGACAAAUUAAAGGGGAAGCACUGCAAUUUAUGUCGGCAAAACAUUUUUUAAAUUGUUGCCCCAGCCGGCGCUGUUUAAGGGGCAGGAAACGCCCAGCAGUGAGUCAGAAUGCGAAGGUUUUAAAAACAGAAGGGACUGGUCUGGUAUGAUGAGAAGAGAGGACCUGGAGCUGCCUACGACUACAAAAAUUCCAAGAACCAAGACACCCUACAGACCUCAGCCAUCCAAACUAGAACAGUUGUGUAAUAAUGGAAGACUGGGAGAAUUACACCUAUGAUUAUUUGGAGUAUGGUGAGAUUGAAGAAGAGGUACAAGGACAUGUCCAGGGAGAACCUUUGCAUAUAAUUUCAGUGGUGAUCUUCUGCAUUUCCUUUGUGCUUGGUGUCAUUGGGAAUGGAAUUGUCAUCUGGGUGACAGCGUUCAAGAGCAAGCGGACAGUGAACAGCAUCUGGCUGCAGAACCUGGCCAUAGCAGACUUUGUGUUUGUGCUCUUUCUCCCCUUCUCCAUUGAUUACGUGCUUCGGGACUUCCACUGGAACUUUGGACUGGUGAUGUGCAAGCUAAACUCCUUCAUACUGAUGGUAAACAUGUAUGCCAGUGUGCUGUUUCUGACAGUGAUCAGUUUGGACCGCUACAUCUCCGUGGUCCAUUUCACUAGGUCUCAGACACUGCGCACAGUGAGGCGAGCUUGGUGCGUAUGCUGUGGCGUGUGGGCUGUGGCUGUUGCCAUCAGCUUCCCCUCCCUGGUAUUCAGGGAUAUCAUACAGUUGCACAAUAAGGUGUUGUGCUUCAGCAACUAUUACGUCCAGGACAGACACAGUGGAGCCAUGCGACACAUGGCUAUGGUAAUUGUCCGGACAGUGGUCGGAUUCCUGCUCCCGUUCAGUGCCAUCAGUGUGAGCAGCAUACUGCUCGCGGUCCGGGUCCGCUACUCCAACUCUGUUCGUCUGCCCAGCUUCUCCAGGACAAUUUCAGCACUUGUUCUGGCCUUCUUUGUAUGCUGGGUGCCCUUUCACAUCUUCAGCCUCAUGGAGCUGUCGAUGCACUACUCACUGCAUUUACACGCUGUGCUAAAAACAGGCUUCCCUCUGGCUACCAGCCUGGCCUUUUUCAACAGCUGUAUAAACCCUUUGCUUUAUGUGCUGUUGGGCAAGAAGGUCCGUCUUCUACUGAAACGGUCCUGCCUGGAGAUCACAAAGAGGUCCUUACGGGAAAUUACCCAGUCCAUCUCUGCCACAGAGUCCCUGUCUGUACAGGCCAUCGGUGCUUUAGAGGAGCCCAUCGCACUGACCACUGUAUGACCGAAACUUGUUUUUUGAAUAAAAUGGCAGUUUGCCACAUCUUAAAUUUUCUAUCAAAUUAUUAUUUAGAUUCAGAUACUAUACACAGAUACUCUGUGAUACAGAUUUAUCUUUGUAUAUAUUAUUGCAUAUACAAUACAUAUAUUAAAAUAUACAUAUGUCUAAUGUAUUUUAACAUGAGAAAUUUGUACACUUUUUAAACUCAAUUAAUUGUAUUUAUCUAUCAAUUAAUAAAUUAUAGCUGUACUGAAUGUCCUAAAGUUAGUUCAACAGUGUAAAAAAAACAAGGCUGAUCCUGAAUAAAAAUCGAAAAUUUGUAUUUUUACAUAA